UUGCGCAGUCGUAGAAUUCCAUGACUGUUAAAAGCAAACGGCAGUGGAGCUUGAAUUUAACGUAGUAGCUCACUUAACUGUUAUUCUUUUAUUUUUGAAAUUUCACAUUGCUUAGAGCGGUUCCGGCUUGAAGAUGUCUGUGGCGGGCUUGAAGAAGCAGUUUUACAAAGCCAGCCAGAUGGUUAGUGAGAAGGUUGGCGGAGCUGAGGGGACUAAACUGGAUGAGGACUUCAAGGAGUUAGAGAGAAAAGUAGAUGUGACGAAUAAAGCAGUGGUAGACAUCAUUUCAAAAACCUCAGAAUACCUGCAGCCCAACCCAGCGUCCCGUGCAAAGCUGUCCAUGUUGAACACCAUGUCAAAGAUCCGGGGGCAGGUGAAGAGUCCGGGGUAUCCCCAGGUGGAGGGCCUGCUGGGAGAGUGCAUGGCCAAGUAUGGCCGGGACCUGGGAGAGGACACAAACUUUGGAGGUGCUUUGGUUGAUGCAGGGGAGACUAUGAAGAGAUUAGCAGAAGUGAAAGACUCUCUGGACAUUGAUGUCAAACAGAACUUCAUCGACCCCUUACAGGGACUGUGUGAUAAGGACCUCAGAGAGAUACAGCACCAUCUGAAGAAGCUGGAGGGCCGGCGUCUGGACUACGACUAUAAGAAGAAGAGACAAGGGAAAAUACCGGACGAAGAGGUCAGGCAGGCUCUGGAGAAGUUCCAUGAGUCCAAGGAGGUGGCAGAGAUCAGCAUGUACAACCUGCUGGAAACUGACAUUGAGCAGGUGAGCCAGCUGUCCUCUCUGGUGGAGUCGCAGCUGCAGUAUCACAGACAGGCAGUGCAGAUCCUGGAGGAGCUGACAGACAAACUCAAAGACAGAGUGAGUGAGGCACAGUCACGUCCUCGCCGGGAAUACACACCCAAGCCCAAACCUGUCUUUGACUUUGGAGAAAGCGAUCAAUCAAACGGAGGCUUUACCCCAGCUGUUGCUCCUCCUACACGCUCCUCAGACCCCUAUCUCCAGUUCGGCAGAAUGUCAUCGCGGAAACCCAGAUUGCCUGCAGAACAGCCCUGCUGUAAGGCACUGUACGACUUCGAGCCAGAAAACGAGGGGGAGUUGGGCUUCCACGAAGGCGACAUCAUCACCCUGACCAAUCAGAUAGACGAGAACUGGUACGAAGGGAUGCUGCACGGCCAAUCAGGAUUCUUCCCACUCAACUACGUGGAGGUGGUGGUCCCUCUGCCACACUAAAGUUUUCCAGGGAAGAGAGCAGAGAGAGGGAGAGGGAGGAGGAGAGAGGUAAAGGAAGGAGGGAAUGAGGAGCCGUUUGCAGUGGUCUUGGUCUGUACCCUGGUAUGCGUCUGUUUGAGCACGUGUGCAGAUUUACCUGUACUUUGGCACUGGGUCACCUUGAAUAUUUUUUAAGGAGGAAGUUGGAAGAUGGUGGCUUCUCACAUUCCAGAACCGAUAAGGACAUCGACGUGUGACUGAAUUAAGGACUGACCCAAAUGGACUGACGGAUGGACUGACUGACUGACUCACUGACUGACUGACGGAUGGACAGCCUGACUGACUCUGACUGUAGACAGUGAGACUCAGACAGAUCUGCAAAACAUACUUUAUGUGUUUGUUUGUGUGUAAGUUGGUCUACCUUAAGCAAAACAAAUGUCAGUGUAAUUAACGGGGUGCUCAGUCAAAAUCAGUCAUUUGAUACUGGGGUAAUUAAGCAUUUCAUGCAUUUAACUGCAACCAUCCCAUCUGUACUGUAUGUCAGUUCAAAGCCUGCUGUCUGAACUGACUGUCUUCAGGGCAGUUUCUGGUAAUCUUCUAAAUGUUUCAGACUGGAUUUGUAAUCACAAAUGGAAAUAGGCUCCAGCAUCGCUUGACUUCAAAGGACUGUUAGAAAGACCUCUGGACUCUAGUUCACUGUGGAAAAUGUCCCUGUAUCCAAGGCAAGCGAUUUCUAGAAAACUGCACAUCUAUGGAAACAGUGAUUUGUGACUGACUGACCCCUGCUGGCCGGGCUUUGACAUUGAUUUCCCCCUCUGUAAUAGUGUCUUACAUUUGUGAUAUCUAGUACUUGUAACUCAGCACUGUAAACUGUGUAGUCAGUUUGCGAGUGUUUAGCGUGCCUGAGCCACUGAAAUACACAGGGGCCUUUAUGUUUUGUUUUUGUUUUGUUUUUCUCUUCCAAUUUAUCUUUGCUUGGCCAUCUUCCCAAAAUACCUAAGCUCUUAAUUUGCACCGAGGCCCUCAUGGAAAAAGAAACCGUUAGACGUGACUUAAACAACGCAGAUGUCAAUGAAAAGUGUCUUUAUUUGAAUGGCAAAGAGAAUAUAUGAUGUGAUUGUACGUUGCUAAAACAUAAGAACACUAAAUUCUGUGGAAACACUACACUCCUCAUGUCAUCAGCUUGGUUUGUUAGGGGCAGCUCCCAUCUGGCCGAGUUCUUUUUAUGCACUCUGUAGAGGAAACACAGCCAAAAACGCAAAGAAGCGAAUGCCUUUUUAACCCUUCGAUGCCUGGGUCGUUUUCGUGCACUUUGACCGCCGACAGCGCUGUCAAACCUGUUUAUCUGUUUAGUCAAUAGCCGAUACUGCUGGCAGUGUUCUGCUGUUUCUGUGUGUGGACUGGUCUCUCUCAUUUUUUUUUUUUUUUUUUUUUAAGACCAGUGUUUUCACACGCAUAUGGGCCUCUCUGGUGUCAGGUUAUAUGAAUCUCUGUGCCGAUUAUUGUUCAAAAUCAAGGAAUGGUGCUGUGUCCUCUUACUGAGCGUGCGACUGCUCCUUUUAAAGUCCUGGGCCUGAACUGCAAUUGUAUGCUUUGUAGGUAGUAUUGGAGAUAUUAUUUUAAAGGCUGGCACAGUGGUGGUACUGGAGAGAGAGAAAGGGAGAGAAUCAGAACUGUUGUUUUAAGAGGGCUAAAUGUAUAUGAUUUCCCUUAAAAAAAAAACUCAACUGUCAAAACUGUCAGUUCCUAUCCUUCCCGCGUCCCGCUGCGUUAAACAUUGGACCUCUCUUUCUAAGAUGACUUUACUUUUUGUGUAGUGUGUCUAAAUCUGUAUCAUCUCAUUUAUAUGCACACACACGCACACACCCGCCCACCCACACACACACACACCUCCCUCAGCGAUGAGAUCAGCACAGAUGCCCCAUGUCCCACUUUAUACUUCCUGUCUGCACUGUCCUCCAAAUGGGAAUUCUUGUAUAACAGUCAUUUCUCCGUUUUCCAUGUUUACAUGAUUGAUGUGGGAUGCAGUUUGGGCCUCCGGCCAUGAACUGCUCUCUGUAUUGGCUGUGCAGACGGGGCAGAGUCUCAUGGCAUUAAGGGACUUUAUGAGAGACAGGACAAACACUACGCUGUAGUGCCCUUUUCUGUGCCGAGGAGGGAAAGUCUAGUACACCAAACAAAAUAACACCUCUAGUGAUUUGUUUGUUUGUUUGUUUGUUUGUUUGUUUUUGUUUCUUUUGUACAAAGGGCUCCAUUCAUUUCAAGCUUUGAGAUUUGCUGUGUACAGACGUACGUGCAUGUGUACUCCUGUGCCUUGCAACACUACAGUUUUAAAAAGGGUUUUUUCUGUCUAAUCCAUCAGAGUACCAGAGUAAUUUCAUGAGCAUAAAACCAUUUUGGUACUCUUCUUUAGUAUUAUUGUUAUUUUUCAUAAAUAUAUAUAUAUAUAUACACACAAAACCAUA